GAGACGGCUGGGGUCGGUGCUGGCGGCACUGAGCUGCUCGGCCCUCGCACCAUGAGCGCUCCCGCCGCCUGCCCCGGCUUGCAGCCGCUGCUGGAGACCCUGGAGGAUCCGACCGCCCCGCUGGGGGACCUCACUGACGCGCAUCUCACUAUCGCCAAUCGCUUGACGGGUGAGGAAGGCAAAGAAUUCACUGCAGAUGUCAGAAAACACUUUUCUCAACUUUGCAAAGUGUUUAAGGCACACAUUUCUAAUCAAAACUCAGAGCUAAGUAAUGCAGCAUUACAGGCGUUAGGAUUCUGCGUUUUUAAUUCAAACAUUACAUCUGGAUUAUCUGCAACUGAAAUACGAGACUUGCUUUCAAUGGUGAACAGUGUUGCUGUAAAAACUUCAGACAAAAACACUCGCACUCGGGCACUUUGGGUGAUCUCUAAGCAGGCGUUUCCUCCUGAAAUUGUUAAAAAGGAGGUGUCCAGUAUAAUUUCUACCCUGGAAACAAUACUUACUAAAGGAGAUGUACAAUCUAUGGUGGUUGAAUACGAAGCACUAAAUGUUAUUAUACGCUUGGUGGAGCAAACUCCAGCCCAGAUGGGAGAGGAGGCUGUGAGGUGGGCAAAACUGAUCAUUCCUUUGGUCGUCCAUUCAGCUCACAAGGUGCAGUUACGAGGUGCCACUGCUCUGGAGAUGGGCAUGCCACUGCUGCUCCAGAAACAGCAGGAGGUAGCGGCUGUCACUGAGCACCUAAUGACCACAAAAUUAAUUUCAGAACUUCAGAAAUUGUUUUCUGCAAAAAAUGAGACUUACGUACUAAAAUUAUGGCCGCUGUUUGUCAAAUUACUUGGAAAGACUCUGCAUCGUAGUGGCAGUUUUAUCAACUCAUUGCUGCAACUGGAGGAACUUGGAUUUCGUAGUGGCUCACCAGUGGUAAAGAAAAUAGCCUUCAUUGCGUGGAAGAGUCUAAUAGAUAAUUUUGCUCUAAAUCCAGAUAUAUUGUGCAGUGCUAAAAGGCUGAAACUGCUAAUGCAGCCGCUGAGCUCGAUCCAUGUGAGAACAGAGGCUUUGGCACUGACAAAACUGGAGGUCUGGUGGUAUUUGCUCAUGAGGCUAGGACCUCAGCUGCCUGCAAACUUUGAACAGGUUUGUGUACCGUUAAUCCAAAGUACUUUAAGUUUAGAUUCUUCUGCUCCAUUGCAAGGAACUCCCUCGCGUGUACCAGCUAACCAAAAUUUAGCCUUGGCAACCCCUACACCGAAAUCAGGUCCUUACCCGUUUGCAAGUGCGGUCACACCAAGGAUGAACUUGAAUUCUAGUACAGCAGGAGUGGUGGUGUUACCUUCCAUUCAGCUUUUGGGAAUUGAAAUGCUGCUUCACUUCUUGAUGGGACCAGAAGUUGUAGAUUUUGCUAAGCAAAACAAACUUGCACUUAGUUUAGAGCCUCUCCAGUACCCACUGAUCAGUAGCCCUUCUUUUUUUUGUAAGCAUGCCAGCACACUUAUAAAUGCAGUUCAGGAUGGCUUUAUUGCAAUUGGAAAAGAAGUUCCUGAUUGUAUGCUGAAUGUUAUAUGGAAGGACAUGAAUGGAUAUGUAAAAAUGGCUAUUGAAUCAGGAAAUAAGAAAGAAAAGCAAGGGUCAGAAAUACUGACUAUGUUGCUCCAGGCCUUAAAAAACACUGUUAGAUCAAAUUCUCUUCCUGUGCAGAAAAUACUGUCUCUCAUUGAUAUUACUGUUAAGGAAUUGCCUUCAAAAGUAUUGGGAUCACCAGCUUAUCAGGUUGCUGAUAUGGAUCUUUUAAAUGGAACACCAGCUCUGUUCUUAAUUCAGCUGCCUUUCCAUAAUAACCUCUUGGAAUGCUGUGUAACAGAUGAGAGAUUCUUUGUAAUUCUAACAACGCUCGUGGGUUUUGUUUUGUCUGGGCCUACGUCUCCGCUGGCUUUCAGUGAAUCUGUGAUCGGCAUUCUUAAUCAGAGCGCAAAGCAAGUGGAAAACAAAGAGCAUCUUUGGAGAAUGUGGAGUAUUGUUGUUAAUCCGCUGACCGAAUGGAUUAAUCGGACUAACGAAGUAAAUCAGGGUGAUGCACUGGAACACAACUUCAAUGCUGUUUAUAGUGCAUUGUUGCUACCAGUAUCGCAUAUCUUCCCCAUUAAGGAAUUUCCACAGCCAACUAUGAAAUCCUUGUUGCGCACUUGGUCAGACCUGUAUAGACCAUUUGCUCGCUGUGCUGCUUUAGUUGCAACAGCAGAAGAAAACCUAUGCUGUGAAGAACUUUGUGCCAAAAUAAUAUCUGGGCUAGAAGGUGAAACUCCAGUAAUGUUUUCAAUGAUGGAUGGUCUCACCCAUAUUAUAUCAGUUAUGGUUGACUGCAUCAACUUUGCACCAUAUGGUACUAAAUAUCAGCCAAAAAAUAGAUCUCCACAGACACCUACAGAUUGGUCUAAGAAGAAAAAGGAACCCCUUGGAAAGCUUGCCUCUCUAUUUAAACUCCUGGUGAUGUUACUAAACUCUUUCCAUGUGUUCAGUUCCAAAGAAAUCUGUUCAGAAACAUUGGUCUCUGUUGGUCCUUCAAUUAUUGCUAUUCUUCACAACAUCAUCAGCCACGUUUCAUUGCCUUCAGUGAUUGGGACUAUGUUUGCAAUUUUUUCAAAACCCCUGGCAGUGUUUUAUGAAAAAACAAAGCUUGCUGAUGUACCUAAAGUAUACAGUGAUCUUAACAACAAGCUUGAAAAACUCCUGUCCGAGAUCAUCCAGUGUUUACAGUCUCACUGCACUGGCUCGUACGACAGCGAUCUGCUAGCGCAGCUUUCUCCGUUGCUCUGUGUAAUAUUUCAGCACAAGAGCAAACAGAUACGCAACCAGUGUGCCCACUUCUGGAACGCGACAUUCGCUAAGACGACGUCAUUGACGUACCCUGAAGAGUUAAAAUCUGUGUUAAGCCAAGCCAAAAAGAAAAUCCCACUCUUGCUGCCUGGUUUUGAAAGCGUGGAGAUAGCCGAAGAAUGCAGUGGCCCGUUCUCUGAUGCGAUGGAAAACUCACAGCUGGAUGCAAGGAUAAGUGGAAUGGAGGUAAAGUUGGGUCAAAAACGAGACUCUAUAUUGGCACAGACGAAUGAACUAAAAAAUGAAGUAAAAGACAAGUCCAGUAAUGUGCAAGUAACAUCUGCAAAGUUGAAACUAGAAUUUUCAUCUUCGAAGACUAAAAGUGAGAGACUUCUGGAAGAGGAGCAAUCUGUUGACUUUGUGUUUAUUCCUCCAGAAACAAAAGAAAGAAUACUAACAGAACAUCAAAAAGAAGUGCUUAGGUCAAAGAGAGUUGAUAUUCCUGCAAUGUACAACAAUUUGGACGCAUCGCAAGAUACUACCUUAUUUUCUCAGUAUACUCAAAGCCAGGAAGAUUCUUUGGGAAAAUCACCUGUAAUAGAAAAUGCAAAAGAAGAUACUAAAACCAAGCCUCAGGAAGAAAAUGCAAGGAGUGAAAGACGCACCAGCAAAGCGGAUGAAAUCGCAGAGGACUGCAAACCAGAUAAUCCACUGGAGAAUGCUGCCUGCGUGGAAAAGUCACCCGUUACUCACAUCAAGGAGAGCUCAACUUCCAACAGUGAGGGAGAGUCACAAAGGGAUGUGGCUGAAGCAGCUCCGGAGGAGCCAUCGGUUGGAGAGGGAUUAGAAAAAAGUACUGUGGAAGCAGCUUCAAAGGAGCCCUCAGUAGGGAACAAAAACACUUCAAAUGUCAGCAGCAGUUCAACGUCAAGUGACAUCAUUUCCGGAACACCGCAGCCCGUGAGCCGACGGCAGUCUUUUAUUACUUUGGAGAAAUUUGGUAGUUCAGAGAACAGACCCUUUAGCAUUUCGGCAUUAAACAGUUUCUCCGAGAUGUCUGGAAGUGCUUCUGUGGCAGGGAAACAGGAAAACACAAACGUAUGCAAGACUGGUGCUAAACCAGAGAAAUCUGGAGAAGAUAAAAAGCCUUCAAAAUUUGAGACUGAACAAAUAGUUACUGCAAUACGAAGGCUGACUCGCAGGCAGAGUAAAAUGGAGCACCAAGGAAAUAAGCAGUCCAAGCUGUUGGUUAGGUCAGAACAAGAGAAAAGCAUGCAAGAGUCUUUUGCUUCCAGCAGUACGGAAAACAGUCCUGAACUCUCUUCUACAGUGGAAGACGUGGAACAUGUUCUCCUUGCUCAGUCCCAGGCUCUCCAUUCGACAGAAGAAGAAAUUAAAAAAGUUGAAGAUACAAUAGCGGAAAUAGAAAAGGUCCGGGUGUUAGAUAUGGAUUCUAAAGAAAAUACACCCCCAGAGACGACCGUGUCACCUGACCAGGUAACAGGGGACGAUAGUCAGGUUCCACAUGUGUCUCCUAAUCAGAAGAUACCAAGACGUUCUUCAAGACGACGGUCAGAAACCGUAGAAAGUACAUCAGGCAGUCAAGAUAAGGAAGAUGGCCACCAAAAGAGAGACAGACGUAAAGACGAUGAAAAAUCUGGGCAAAAGAAGGUGCCGCAGGCAAAAGAUGACGUAUCCCAAAAGCAGAAAGCAGUUUCUGGGAAAACUACAGAAAAUACAAAUAAAAAAGAAAGCAAGCUACUGGAGAGAACUGCUGCAGAGGACGUAAGCUCAAAGGAGUCUCCUGCUUCAAGGGGCCUUGACGAGGAAGUGAACAGAAGUGGUAGGAGGUCAGAAGAUAACUCGAAGACUGACACAGAAGGUCAGGACUGUAGCUCGAGCACAGUAGAUCAGAGGAAGAUGGAACGCCCGCGAUACCACACCAGACGAGCUUCACAAGGGUUGCUUUCCAGCAUAGAAAACUCAGAGGCUGAUGGCUCCGAGACCAAGGAAGAAAGCACGAGGAAGAAAAGAUUGGCAAAAGCGAAGAGCAGAAGUGAUUCUCUUGAAGGUAAAUUGAAAGAUCCACAGCCAGGAGGCCGCAGCCAUGAGGCGUCUUCCCAGAGAAACGAAACCAAGAAUGCGUUGGAAACAAAUGAAGGUGAACUAAGCCCUGAAGUCGGCACAGAUGCUGAGUUGACCUCUGAAGUGUGUGAGCCAAAGCAGCAAGAAAUGCCUGCAGAUCCUGUCAAAGCUGUGGCAUCUGCCAGCUCCAGGGAUUCGUCUGAUGCACAGAAUGCAGAUGUGGAACAAAAGAGCAGUACAUCGAUGGAACCGGUCCCCAACCCCUGUGUAUCUGAUCCGGAUUUGAAAGCACCAGAGGAAAAUAAACCUGUUAAGAAGCAAACAAAUUCAGAAGACAGUUGUCCAACUGUUCUGCCUCAACAAGUACCAGGAGGAAAUGCUUCAGGUGGUGAUCUCUCCUCUUUGCAAAUACCUGAGUGUCAGCACAAAAGAAGCAAAAGGGUAAAAAGACUAAGGAACUGUGAUUGCUGUAGUACAAAGCCAAAGCAGCGAGUAAUGUCAGUCACUGAACCGAAAAAUGAGAACACUCUUGAGCUGAACGAGCCCCAGGCCACCCCAGUUCAGACGCCUGACAAUACAUCGGAGGUGUCUGGUAAUUCCAGUUUGGACGAGAGCUUGUCCAUGGCACCUUGUGCCAUGAGCACUCCAUUGCACCCUCCUAAGGAACCCAGGGCCUUUGACUUGGAAGGAGAGAGAACAUCUGAAGAUGAUCUGCAAGGAAGUAGUGUUGUAGCGCAGGAGGGUGUAGAGAACCCAGAGCGUACAGCAGGUGAAAUUACCGACUCCGUGGUGGAAACGAGAGAACCUGCUGAUCGGAGUGACCCAACUGAGCAGUGUCUGUCUGAGCGUGGUGCAGAAGAGCCUGGUGACAGCUCUGUGCUGGCAGGGAAUUGCAGCGAAGAACCAUCGGCUACAGAAAAGGAAGAAAUAAGUCAGAGUGGACAACUGGAGGAGAUACCUGGGGCACUGAUUGUUGCUAUCAAACCUGAGAAGAAUCAGGUGGAUGAGCCAGAAAGCAAUCGGGGUGAUGAAGAAGCAGCUGAGAGUACUGUAGGAGAAACCUGCAUUAUCCAAGGUAUAGAGAUGAAGGAGGAAUUGGUGAAAACUGAAAUCACAGUGCCUGAAAGUGCAGCUUUAGACAAAGAAGAUGCUGUAAAAAAUAACGGUGUGGAUUCACCUCAAAAGCCGGAAGACCACAAUUCUUUGGCAUUAGUUAAUGAAAGCCCCAACGGGAUGCAGGCUCGCUGCACGUGGUCUCCCUCAGCUUCUCCAUCCACUAGUAUUUUAAAGAGAGGCGUUAAAAGAAAUCAAGAUGAUGAUUCCCUGUCACCUGCUAAUAAGAUUCGCCGAGUCUCUUUUGCAAACCCAAUUUAUCAAGAAGGACUGGCCGAUGACAUCGACAGGAGGAGUCCUGUCGUUAGGUCCCAUUCUUCUUCACCAUCUUCCCGAAGCCUUAAAAUUUUAUCUAAUAUUCAGGCUAAGCAUAUUACCACUCCAACCAAAGGAUUUCUGUCCCCAGGAUCUCGUAACCCUAAAUUUAAGAGCUCAAAGAAGUGUUUAAUUACAGAAAUGGCGAAGGAAUCGCUGCCUUGCCCUACGGAAUGCGUGUAUCCCGCCUUGGUUGGCUGCAAAGCACCGGUUGACGUCAUUCUACCUCAGAUCACAUCGAACAUGUGCAGCGCCAGAGGCCUGGGGCAGCUCAUUCGGGCAAAGAACAUCAGGACGGUGGGUGACCUGAGUACUCUGACAGCAUCCGAGAUCAAAACCCUGCCCAUCCGCUCUCCGAAAGUCUCCAAUGUUAAAAAAGCCCUGAAAGGAUAUCAUGAGCAACAGGUAAAAUCUCGAGGAUUUGAGGAAAUGUCAGCGCUUGAGGAUGCAGAAAAACCUGUAAAUAACGUAGAGGAUAAAUCUCUUCCUGUAGAUGAAGAAAAACUUGCAACAGAUCUGCUGGAACCAGUUGUCCUGAACGCGGACGAGCAGCCGGCAGCAGAUCUGCUGAGCCAGAUUGACGCGCUUGCGGCUCAGCUCGCCUCCGAAGAUCUUCACGGCUAUUCGGGAAGCCAGCUCUUUGAGAUGCAAGAAAAACUCAUUGGGAUGACGAACUGUAUCAUGAAAAACCUGCAGUCCCGCUGGAAAUCGCCACCCCAUGACAGUUCCGAUUAGUUGCUUAUUUCUAAGUAAGGAGGAUUUUGUUACAAAUUCCCCCAAACCUGCUUUUCUUACUGAUGAAUUAUUCCUUAAACUGUGCAUUUUGUACUAUAGAAGAUUUUUUUAAUAUCUAUAUGAGCAAAAUGUAUUGUGGUUUCCUCCCCCCCCUCUUUUUUUAAUUCUAAUUUCUGGGAUUGCGUAUUCCCUGUUGGAGGUGUUUGUACCGUAUUGCUAUGCAUAUUUCUUUCAGGUAGUGAAAGAAAACUUGGAUAAAGUUGUGCAAUAGCAAAGACUGUGAAACCAAACCGACACAAAUUUUAUGGGGUUUUUUUUUUUUUCCAAAUCCAAAGUGUUCUUAGUGCUGCAGACUCUUAUCUCGCAGCUCUGCUCCGCUGCUGCCCCCCUUCCUUUCCUCCGAAGCUGCUGCCCCGGACAGACUCUCUCCCUCCCCAGCACCGUUUUCUACGGAGAUAAACUGUGCUUAAUUCCUUCCAGCAGCGGCAGCCCGGGAAGCUGGUGUUUGAUAACUGGAUGCCAUCUGGUUUUGCAUGUAGUUUUGUAAGAAUCGCACCAAGAAGCUGAUAACACACGGCUCCCGCACCGGCGCGAGGCUUCCCGAAACUUCUCAGGCUCUUUCCCAUCUCCUUUGUUUGCAGCAGUUCUUCUGUGGAGAAGAGUUUUUUCCUUGGGGAAAUGAAUGGAUUUGACGAGAGCUCUUUGUAUAUUAUUGUACAGACUUAUCAUGGCAAAUGUGGGUUAAUAAUUUAUGAUCUUGAGUUUUAAUUGCAUGGAACGCAUUGCUGCUUCUCGGAGACCUUCAGAUGAGUUCUCGGGUUUUACUCUGGAAAUGGAAUUUGUAUAUAUUGGACUGUAGCUAUCAACACGGACAUUUAUUGAAAGAAAUUGCUGCAGGUGGUUUUAGAACUUACACACGGACAAAUAAACCAGCAACUAGUUCCCAAAUUUGUUCAUGUCCUUGUGGUUUGGUGGGUUUGGGGUUCCCCCUCCCCCGCCCCCUUGUGAUGUGU